AGAAGUGAAGUGACUUAACCAAGGUCACACAGAGAGAGGGAGCUACCCCAUUUUAGCCGACUGAACACCGGACCACACUGAAUGAUGGUUCCACCGUAGCCCUGAGCCCUUCCCUCUGGCCAAACCUCUUCUGGGGCCAGAAGGUCCAGAGUUGGCCUAUGACCGGCAGCUUCGCCCACCCCUUGAUAUCGGCUCCACACGGGUCAAUGUCCCCUCUCCGGGUCGGCGAACCCGAAGACCGGGUUUCAAGAUAAGAGCAGCGGCCAGUAGUCUGAGGACCAUUCUCUUGUCCUAUGGAGGCAGAUCUGCAGCUUGAAAGCACUUCGCAAAAAUCAGGAAAUUUGACCAUUGAGAUAACAGCGUUAACGCCCUCAAGCUGCGCACAAACGGAAUUCAGGAAGGCCACACGGUGACGACAGAAAAGAUCGAUGCCUUUUUUCAGAUUUCCCACAUCUGGAUGGCCCAAGUUACCUUAAAACACAAAGGAUCAUCAGGAGCAGAUGGGUUGAAGCCUUCGGAGCCUUGAACAAGAAGUCAGAAACCGGAAAACAAAUUUGUAUGGUCAACGAACGCAGAAAUGAAAAGAAAGGUGGCUAAAGUUGGGAGAUUGAGGCUUAGCCCCAACGAAGAAGCCUCACUCCUGAAGGAAGAUUAUGAAAGACGGAAAAAACUAAGACUGUUGCAGGUUAGAGAACAGGAAAGGUGCAUCGCUUUUCAGAUACGGCAAGAAGUAAAGCAGAGGAGAAAUCAACACUUGAAUCAGUUGGCGGCGGAACUGAAGGCAGAGUGGCACGAAGCAAAAAAUCAGAAGAUUAAAGAUUUGGAAAAACUGUAUCUUGCAAGUUUGAAAGCCGUGGGAGAGGGACACCGUCUCGCGAAGGAAAACGAGCCUGAUUUUGUUGCUGUGGCAAAGCAAGCAGCAGAAAGGCAACAAAGAGCAGAGGAGAGACAUAAAGAAGCUUUGAAAGAACAGAAAAAGCGAAAAGAUAAACUCCUGAAAGAACGAACAUGGCACGUACGAGCACGACAGAAAGCACUGCAGGUGGAGAAAGAGAGAGCUGAGAAAAUCGCAAGUCUACCACCUCCUUCCCCUUAUCCUUUUGAGAAUAUUGAAUUGAAAAGGGUGCCUACAGCGAAGACCUACAACACAAAUUGCUUUUCUGUUACUCAUCAUCAUCAUCUUCUCGAACCUUGCGUGGGUAGAGAAAUGGGUGUUGAACAGCCAGAUGCCCGCUUAGCUGCUGGAGAGGAAGCUAAACGAUUGGAAGAACGACAAAAAGACGGCGCACAGGAACAGAAGCAGAGAAUGGAAAAGGCCCGUCUUCGGGGAAUUCACGCGUUGAAAGCGGUCCAUUUGGCUCAAGACAGGGAGAAGCUAAUGAAAGAACUGGAACAGCUGCAGCAACAAGACCUGGCCCGCAGAAGACAGAUCGUGGCCCAGAUGCCCCCCCAACUGUUUGAACCUCCACACAGGCGGGUUGAAUUGAAAGAGGACUGGCAGAGAGAGCUGGAAUUUGCCUUUGAAGACAUGUACAACGCAGGCAGGAAGGUGAAAGGAGACCUGAUUUUGCACCUCGAGCCCGAGCCUCUACCAGCCCUUUCGGAACAAAGACAAGAUGAAGAACUGGAUCUGUCAGUGGAGCCAGACCAGAUGAGUGAGCCCGGGACCCAGGAACCUCUGUCCGAGGAGGAAACAACACAUCCCAGGGAAGCGGAGACGGCAAAGGAGACCCAGCCAGCCCGCUCCAAGGUGGUGUUAAAAAAAUUACUGAACAAGAUCCGAAGUCAAAAAGACCAGUGGACAGCUAAGACAGUUGCAGAAAGUGACACCUUAACAAUUGAGUCAGGAACUCUUAGCAGUGAAACGAGACCGAUAUGCAGAGAAGAGAGCGCGCUCCAUAAACCAGAGUUUGGCUACGAACCAGAAUCAUCUGAAACAGCAGAUCAGAUUCCUGGAGUUGAGAGUUCCAGUCUGCUUCACCCUCAAGAACAAGCUGUCAGAAUUCGAAAGAUAGCCAGAAGGGAAAAGCAGAGAGAGGAAAUAGAAAAGCAACAACAAAACCAGCUGGAUUUGCUUGAACCGAUUGAAAGUCAGAGGCUGCGGUUGGAGGAUGACUUCCUGAUGGCCCGAACGGUGACUCCGCCGGAGGAAGAGAAGAAAAAAAAGCAAGAAGCAGCAACUCAGACGUCCGAGGUAACAGACCCUGAAGUUGUUGUAGCAGCAGAUGUCAAAAUCUCCAAAGAGGAUCGUCAUAAACAGAUGAUCUAUAACUAUCAGCAGCGUCUUAUACAACAAAAUAGAUUACAUACACAGUCUGUGGAAGUAGCCAGGAAACGCUUACAGGAAUAUCAGGCCCUGUUAAAACAACGCUACCCGUCCAUGUCGACCGCAGCACUGGAUGCAGAUUCUGUUCCCUUGGAAUCGAGGUCACGGAGUUUAAUACUCCCCUCUGAAUCUUCUGGGCAAGAAACAGUAGGGCUUCAGAGACCAGCUCCUCCCCAAACACUGGGGAAAGCUGCCUCUCAAGAAUGUGCUCAGCCACUACGCUUGUAUUCCAAAACGGCUCCUGUUUCGGAAAGCUCAGCGGAGGAGAGUGGUCGAGAGCAAAGAUCCAAGAUGGGCCCCAUUUACCUGGUACAGCCUGUAGACAUUUCCCAGUUAGAGCACAGCUGUUUCCAGUGGCCCCAACGGAAUUCCUUCCCAGCAAGAGAAGAGGAAACGCAAGGCAUGUCGAGCACUCCGGAUGUCUUAACGGCUCGGUCACCUCCGGUUCCAGCCAAGCAACAUUUGCAAAACAUUCCCGUUGCAUCCCUCUCCAAAACACGGAUCCCGGAGAGGGAGUUUAGCCUGGAAACUGAAGGGCCCUCGGGGCUUUCACAAGCCAGAUUGUUGGAUAAAGGGGCACUGUCCGGGGACUCGGCUCACCUCCCAGGAGAUUCAGUCACACUCGAUCAGCAUUUGUUUGGCGUUCAUCAUUCAUCAGCAGGGAAAACCCCUCAGAUCCCCAGAGCGGCUUCACUGGACCCUGAGAACCCCCAGCAGACACUCGUAGAGCAGGCUGAAAGGACGGGGUUCCAGCACGCCAGCCCCCAUUCCUUCCUGCUCCCGGGAGCUCAGCGUUCGCUCGGUUCACCGUCUUGUCCCGAAUCCCGGCCUGAAUCGGAAAAAUCCCAGGGCCCCGCGGCAUCACCCCAGGAGCCCUCCCCUCCGUCGUCGGGUCGUUCCAGCAUCCUGAGAUUUCGCGAGCGACUUGUGGCUUCUUCAGAGCGCAUCUUAGUUCAGCAAGAUCAUUUGAAGGCGCUCCAAGAACAGCUGAACGUCCAGAGGGAAGCGCUCCAGUGUAGCCAGCGAGCCCAGGAAGAACUGCUUGUGCGCAGGCAGGCUGAGUUGGAGGAACAGAUGCAGAAGCAUCGGGAAGCGUUAAAGGAUUUGCUUAAUGACAAGCAGGCAAGAAGAGCAGCACAGGGGAAUAGAAUAGAAACACAGAAGGCACAGCAGUUCAGCCUGUCGUCUUUCUUCAAAGAUGUAGAGCGUAAUUACCAGGAAGAGGUUAAUCAUGCAGAUAAGAACAAGAACAAUGAGAGUAAAUUGCUUUCGGAAAACGUCAAUCCAGCUGAGCAAACCGGUGAGCUUCCAAGGAUCCUGGGCAGAGGGUGGAGGCCUUCGAAACCACCUUUGGCAAGAGUUAAACUCGGCCUGGCUUUAGAGCAGCACGAACUCAGUGCCAUCCAAGAGGUGGAAUCGCCAAGGAGCGGCAGGGUUUCCGCAGCAGGAGAGAGCGAUUCUGUCGAAGAAGCGUCUUUUGAAUCGGUUUUAGGUGCCUUCGAGUCUAGCAAACCCACCGAAACUACUCCCGAUGAGAGAAACGCCACCAGGUCACCCAGCCAAGAGCAGAGUGGACAGGGGAGCCCACCAGAAAGUGGCCAGUCAAGUCCAUUCAUGCAGUGUCUGAGGCAGAUACUCAGUGCUGGUUAUGCUGAAUCAGUUCAGGCCAAGGAUUACAUUGUUGAGAGUCAGGAACCGCCAACCUGUGCACCUGAUGUUGGGAAGAGAGCACUUAGUCCAGAUGAUAACGUAAUACUUUCCCGAGCCUGGUCAAGUAGACUAUCUACGCUCCAGGCCGAGGCUCACGAACGAUCGUCUGAUCAGUUGUCGUCCACUUCAAUUUCCACCGGGAGCUUUUUUUCUCAUGAAGAAGAGGUUGAUUUGAGCCCUCUAACUACUGAUGUAGCCGGUGGACUCGACCUCUUGGACUUGGAGCAAAACUUCCCGAGCUUGCAUCGUCAGCUCUUUCAGCCCCUGGAACCAAAGUCUGACUCCAGUGUCCCAUCUCUGUCUCAUUCUGGGAUCUCUCAGGACACCAAAGACCCAAGCAAGAGUUCAGAUUGUUCCCCUGGAAGCGUAAACACUGCUGGAGUAUCUGAAACUCCCCCCUCCAGUUCAGAGUUAAGAGGACCAAGACUAAAUGCUUUUCUAAAAAUACAUCAUCCGUCUCAGCACUCCAAGCAGCAGAGGGACGUUCCGACUUUGUCUGCCGCAUCCCUGCCCGAGAGAUUGUCCACGGAAAAUAUCCUGGGUACCAAGGACUCUUUUCACCCCCUUUUGCCAGAAUGUACUUCAAGUGAGGAGAGCCAGAGCGGCACCGGGUCCAAAGCAGAAAGCACAGCAUCAAAAGUAUCUUCACAAGUGGAGCCUGAGAACCGAGAAUCCCGCCUCGCAGAGCAGUACGAGGAGUUAUCCAGGAAUGACGGAAAUUUUGACCUCCGGGUCUCCGUGGAAAAACUGCAGCGCCUGAACCUCAAUUCAUCUGAAAAGCCAAGUGGGUUCGGUCGGCUGACUGCGCUCCGCAGCCCACCAGAUGAGCUGGCUCCGAGCGACGAUCUGAUGACGGGCUUUGGGAGUUUUACGGAAUUGCCGGACGGGAAGGCAGACGAAAUGGACGGCAGCCCCAAGGCCCCUACUGGCAGCGAGUCGGGAGAGAGUGGAGGCGUUCAGGGUUGGCCCGAUAUUCCGGAGGAAACCCUGGAGACAGGAAACCUGGAUCGGACCCUACGAGCCGAGCCUCAACAGGUUGAAACGAGUUUGGAAAGCCCAGCCACGGCAAUCCUAUUCGGUGUCCGCCGAGAGAGUUUGCUACCCACUCCGCUGCCUCCUCCCCCAGCUCCGUGGUCUCUCAAGAGCCCCGUGCCUGUGUGGGAGACGGAAUCCGGGCUCGGCAUUCUGGAAGAACCGGAACUGACUCUAAUAAGCUCUACUGAGAUCAGUAUUGCCGAUGUCGACUUGGAGCCCGAAAACCAAGAGGGCAAACUGGAGACCAGUUCUCAGGGAAGAAAACUUUUACCCCUGGACCCAGAGGUAGAUUCUUCCUCAUCUCCUCAAGAGGGAACCUCAGCCUAUAACCAGCCUGCAGGAAGCCCGGCGAGAAGAACACUUGAAACCCCUCCUUCCCAGAGAAGGCUCUCAGCUCCAGCAUUGCAGAAAGUGAGUGAAGUUCAAGUAUGUUCCCCAGAGAGGACGGCUCCUGAAGCACUCCUAUACCACCAACCUCUAAGGCACCAGAGGGAUGAGAAGGCAAGAAAGGAAGUGACUUCUAAAAGCAGGGACAGAGCCAGAGAAUUUCACCGGAAAACUCUGGAGAAACUACGGGCCAAAAACUCACACUGACCAAAGUUUUAGCCAAUUCAAUAAACCUUUAUUAA